CUGAAGCAAUAUUAUUUGUAAUGGUGGUUCGCAUGUUUCAGUGGUGGUUUUGUUGGAGAAUAAUUCUUGAAUUUAGCUCAGACAUGUACUAUACAACGUAGAGCUUCAUAUGUUUUGGGUAUUAAGUCUUUUUAGUGCUCGGUUACAACUCAUAAAUGCAUCAUCGAGGCUUUUGUUUUGAAAGUCUCGAUGUCCGUCCGCCUGCGCAGGUGUUUAAAAACACGGAGGGAAAAUCUUCACGGGAUACAGAUACAUAUUUCAGACACGGCGGGAUGCAAAACCCAGAGUCAGACCGAGCGGAAAAGUGUGAACAGUCGCUGGUUUUCUUUGACCUGGAGACAACUGGACUGGGUCAGGGCUGUGAGAUCGUCCAGCUGGCCGCAGUGAGCGGAGGCCACUCGCUCAACCUCUACGUCAUCCCUCGGUGUCGAAUGCAGCGAGGAGCAGCCAGAGUGACCGGCUUCAGGGUCCGAAGACACAGACUGUACCUCCAUCGGCAGCUUGUCCUCACCAACUCCCUGCGAGAGGUCCUGGUCUCCUUCAUAGCUUUCCUUCAAAUGCUCGGACGCCCGCUUGUCAUCGGCCACAACAUUCGCCGCUUUGACUGUCCUCUGUUGGCUCGAGCUCUGGAUGAACUGGACCUCAGAGCAGAGUUUGUCUCGUCAGUCUCAGGCUGUGUCGACACUCUACCGCUGGCUCGGGAGAUGCUGAAGGACCGCGGCCUUCAGAGUUUUCGACAGCAGAACCUGGUCAGGGAGCUGCUGGGUGUGAACUACAAGGCCCAUGAUGCUCUGGAGGACGUGCGGGCAUUACAGGCACUGUAUGGUGUGCUUCAACCCACACCAGAGUUGAUCUGUAGGCAUAUGUUUACUCUGGACACCAUGUAAAACAAACCAGCUGCUCCUUCUAAAAUGUCCUGUAAGCUAACCGGACAGCGCCCCCUGUGGGAGCACUUCAGACAGACAGUGAAGGUCACAGAGAGCAACGCAGAGGAACUUGAUGAGUAAUAAAACUCUCCUCAUAUAUAAAUUGUCUGAUUGGGAAAAGAAUACCAUAAAAAAGGAGACCAUAACAAGGAACUGGCAGCCUUCAUCACCCUGUGUGGUGCAUCCUAGACUGCGUGCCCCAGGGUGGAACAUAUGAAACCCGCUGGAUUGCUUGAUGGCACAAAACAAGAAAGCAAACAGAGCUGAAGCUGUAAGUUUCCUCCAACGCUUGCUGGUCAAACAAAUGGAAAACUGGCUGGAGAAAAUCUUCUGCGAAGCAAAAACUAAAGCGAAGAUGGAUUAUUCCAGCAAUCAUUUGUGGAAGCUUUUCAAAGGUGAGACAAGUGUACAAAGACGAUGCAUGCACAUCUGGAGGCCUCACAGUACCAUUUCAGCCAGCACUUAGGGUGUGAUGGGCCUUUAGUUCUUCUGUACACUUCACUCUCACCCUUUUGACUGUUCCAGAAACAUGCACUUUUGUUUAUUGCACAAUACUGAAAAGAUUUGAGACCUGAGGGUCUGUUGCAGCUGUUUUUUAGAUUUUCAUCUGUUAGGAUGGCUGUUGAAGUCUGCGUGCCGUUUGCUUCUUCUUCACCAUUUAUUUCAGUAGCAACAAACAGGCAACCUGUCUUUAUCCAUACUGAGUAUCUCCUAACAAAAAAGCCAAGAUUCAGACAUCUGGUUAUUUGAUAAUAAAAGGUGAAAAUGUAUAAAACGGUUAGCAGAUUUUUAAAUAUGUCUCCUAGCUUGAUUUUCAGUCAUCAGUGUGUGGAAAUGGUGAUGCCUGUUGGAAACAUGUUGUAUGUAUAUACAGUAAUUUGGUUACUGAGAAAAUCUGGUGUAUUUUAAUUUUGAACUGCACUUCAAGGUUUCAAUGACAGAAGUUUUAUUGGAGGUAAAUAAAUCUGCUA